AGAGUUACAGUUUUAGCUUCCUUUGUAAAAAUGUUUUUUGUUCGUUUGUACACAUAUAUUGCCUUGUGGCUGUGAAAGAGAAAGGUAUCGAUUUCUCCAGUUCCUUUGUGUUCAGAAACCUCUUAUGGUAUCAGAGCCUGCUUCUACCCCUCUUUCACCUAGUCCUCCUCCCAAAACCCCUUCUCCACCUACUGCUCCCACUCCCCUUUCACCUAGUUCUCUUCCUACUGGUUCUAUUUCAUCUUCACCAUCCUCUAGUGAUACUUCCAGCUUGUCUCCCCCUAUAAUCCAAGCUACCCCAGCCUCAUCUUCCACUAGUCCUAGCCCUAGUUCCCCUCUACGUAGGUACCCAGAUCGGGUCAGGCAAGCUCCACAGUAUCUAAGUGAUUAUGAGUGUCAGUUACAUAGUGUAUCUGCUGCUAAAUCUCCCAAGUUUCCCAUGACUUCUUAUAUGUCUUAUGAUUGUCUUACCCCUGAUUUCCAAAGCUUUGUGCUUAAUAUAUCUCAAGUGCAAGAACCCCGGACUUUUGAGGAGGCAUGUACUCAACCUUGUUGGCAACAAGCUAUGAACUCAGAAACUAGUGCUUUGAUUGACAAUCAUACUUCGGACAUCGUGUCAUUACCUCCAUGGAAGAAGGUAGUGGGAAACAGUUGGGUCUAUAAAAUCAAGUUUAAUCCAAAUGGGACAAUAGAGAGGCAUAGAGCCCGACUCGUUGCCAAAGGUUUCACACAAAAGUAUGGGGUGGAUUACUUGGAAACUUUCUCUCCAGUGGCAAAGUUGAAUACAGUGAAGACUUUGUUGGCUGUUGGAGCUAUAAAAAACUGGUUUAUGGAUCAACUUGAUGUUAGUAAUGCAUUUUUGAAUGGGGAUCUUGAUGAAGAAGUGUACAUGAGUCUUCCUCCUGGUUUUCCUAUACCCGAGUCUAUUCCGAAUCCAGUUUGUCGGUUAAACAAGUCUUUGUACGGUUUGAAACAGGCAAGUCGUCAGUGGUACUUCAAAUUAACUUCAGCAUUGCUUGAAUAUGGUUUUUCACCAUCUCAUUCAGAUCACAGCAUGUUUGUGAAGGGUUCGGGUGAUUCAUUCUUGGUAAUUCUUGUAUAUGUAGAUGAUAUGAUAGUGGCUGGACCAGAUCAACACUUGGUGUCUUCUGUUAAAACCUUUCUGCAGGGACAAUUCAAGAUAAGGGAUUUGGGACCCUUGAGGUAUUUCUUGGGGCUGGAAAUUGCUCGAAACACAUCUGGUUUGAUGGUUACACAAAGAAAGAAUUGUUUAGAACUCUUAAAGGAUGCCGGAUUGACUGAUUGUAAGCCUGUACGCACACCCAUGGAUAUCAAGGUAUGGUUUACUACUUCAGAUGGGGAGCCUUUAAAAGAUAUCACACAGUUUAGGAGCCUUAUUGGACGAUUGCACUACUUGACGAUUACCAGACCAGAUAUAUGUUUCGUCGUGCAGCAGCUUAGUCAAUUUCAAAUGGCUCCAACAACUGUACACCUUAAGGCAGCAAUUCGAGUUUUGAAGUACCUUAAAAACUCACCUGGACAAGGUCUGUUUUUCUCCUCUUCUUCUUCUCUUCAGUUAUAUGGAUAUUCCGACUCUGGGCUAUCUGUCCGGACACACGUCGUUCGAUCUCGGGUUAUUGCACUAUGCUUGGAACUUCUUUAAUCACAUGGAAGGCAAAGAAACAAGACACAGUGGCUAAAUCAUCUUCUGAGGCCGAAUAUCGAGCACUAUCUAAAUUAACUUCAGAGGUUGUUUGGCUUAAGUCUUUGCUGCAGGAACUUGGAGUGCCUCAUUCAGGUCCUGCACUGUGUUAUUGUGACAAUCGUUCUGCUCUCCACAUUGCUGCAAAUCUCGUGUUCCAUGAAAGAACGAAGCAUAUCGAUGUCGAUUGUCAUUUCAUAAGAUAUCAUCUCCAAUCGAACCUCAUUUCUCUUGAACAUGUGACGACUGAAGAUCAAGUUGCAGAUCUCUUUACAAAAGCUCUCAGUCGACAUCGAAUUGAUUAUCUGUUGAACAAGUUGGGAGUACAAACUUUGUACUCGCCGACUUGAAGGAGGCUAUCAUGAUAAAGGUACAGCACCAAGAGCAUGAUUCGAAACAAUGACCUGCUUCUCAUGAUACUGCUUGAAGAAGCUUCUUACGGCAUCGUUUGAUGCCCAACUCUGUAUAGAUCAGCAUAACAGUAAAUAGCAGUAGAGUUACAGUUUUAGCUUCCUCUGUAAAAAUGUUUUUUGUUCGUUUGUACACAUAUAUUGCCUUGUGGCUGUGAAAGAGAAAGGUAUCGAUUUCUCCAGUUCCUUUGUGUUCAGAAACCUCUUAGCAACAUGACAAAUGAAGAAAAGGAGUUGCAAAUCGAGCCUCGUAGAAUUCAUAGUGGUUACAGAAAGCUCUAUCUGGGAGAGGACAAGAAUGGUAACAAGCUGUUGGGUACAAGAGUUGUCUCCCCAAAAGGAAAUUAACCAACUAGCAAACAAGAAAAGAAAGAUAUUUAAGUAAAACCAGCAGCCUGUCAAUUAAAACAGAGGAAGCAACAAAUAAGCGGACAAGAUAGUGACUAGUGAGCUGCAAGUUCAAACAUAACGGGUGUUUUUCCACACAUGGAAAGCAGAUCAAUCAAGGGCGAACGGGCAAGGAAAGUAGUGAUUCAAUUCAAACGUCUACGGCCUACAGAAGUGUAUAAAUAAAGGGUAGAUAGAAAAGAGAAUGCAGACUUUUCGGGAGAAAAAAAAAAUCAAAGAUGCAAAGGGGAUUUGCGAGUGAUUUUGAGAGAAAAGUCGGCACAAGAAUCGGGGAGAUUUCUGGGUAUAGGUAUUGGGCAAUACCUAGGUUCUAUCAGCUGGGUAGUUGAUAGGUUAGUUUUGUCGAUUCAACGGGGAGCUAGUCGACUGGGUAUCUGAGAGACUUUGUAACUUUGUGAGCUUCAACGAAAAACAUCAUAGUGGAACGCCAGAGAUUGCAAACUGCGAAUCAGUGGCCGUGGACUAGUCAGGGUUAGGAUCAUUAAUCGCCUAACACUGGAAACCACGUAAAAAUCUCGUGUGUACCGUGUCAUCUAGUUUCAUUGUGUUCUGGGAGUGGAACUCUGUUCUUGUUAUGUUCUUGUGAUCUGAAAUAUAGAGCCGCUGCCGAUCCGUGGAAGAAGGAAAGCUAGAGCCAACUUCAGUUAAAACGCAGCACCUCAAAGUUUUUAUGCAGGAUAUCGUUUGGGCUCAAUUAAGAGAAUAAGAAGAAACCUUUUGGGCUUAAGUUUCAAGCCCAACCAAAAGUGAUCCAGUCGUCUCAUUCAACAAACACAAAAGCUAGCCCUGUUUACUUCCAUUUUCGUUUCGUUUUCUGUUCUCAUGUCAUAAAUUUGGCAACCGAAACGAGAAAACUUGUUUAUUUUUUAUUCUGUUUUUUAUUCGUUUCCAAUUAUGAAAACAUAAAGUGGCAACUUCCUG